UGUACAUUAUAAACGGUCUAAUCGAAAAAACCUCAUAUCAAAGAAGUAUAUAUAUAUAAAACGGUAAGUAAUUUUUAGUGAUAUGAAAUAGUUGAACCACGAUAUAUCAUAAUUUCGUCACAAAAUAAACUACUACUAAUUCUUCUUUUUCUUGUACAACAAUUCUUAUUUCAACUUUGAAUUUCACUCAUUUUUAGUUAUUUAAUUACUUUCCUAGCUCAAACAAACACAUCCACAUAUGGUUUCAGGAACAAAGAUGGGACAGGCAUUCGACUGGCCAAGCCGGCUGAGCGUGGCAUCCACCGUGGCACGAGCCCUAGCCUCCAUGCACAAGAAGCUCCACGACGACGGCAUCAGCCACGGCAACCUCAAAUCCUCCAACAUCCUCCUCAACCAAAGCCUCGAGGCCUGCGUCAGCGAGUACGGCCUGCUCCCAGUCCCCGCCGACACCGACCACGACGACAACCAAAACGACGUCGACAACUCGUCCUCCGAGGGCAACAGCUUCAGCUUCAGCGAGGUGAGGUCCAAGUCCAAGUCGAAGCCCAAGAAGAAGCCGGCCCACGCGGCGGACGCGUUCCGAUCCGACGUGUACGGGUACGGCGUCGUCCUGCUGGAGAUGCUGACGGGGAAGACGGUCCAGAACAACGGCGUCAGCCUGCCGACGUGGGUCCACUCGGUGGUUCGGGAGGAGUGGACCGUCGAGGUUUUCGACAAGCACCUGAUAUCGGAAGGCGCGAGCGAGGAGAGGAUGGUCAACGUGCUGCAGGUGGCGAUCAAGUGCGUCAACCCGUCGGCCUACGAGAGGCCGGCGAUGAGUCAGGUGGCGGUCAUGGUGGAUGCGAUCAGGGAAGACGACGAGAGAUCGUCGUCGUCGCCGGGUUACUAAGAUGGGUCGGGGUUAGGGAAGAACCGGUUUGGGUGUAGGGGUUAGCUGGUUUGGUUGUUUGUUAUUAAUAUGUGUGAGUGCACCAUUAGUUUGUUCGUUUCUCGAUUAGUUUAUAGAGCAAGCAAUGUCUCGGCCGACUAAUUGUGUAUUAUUUGGAUUAAUAAAGGAUCAAAGCAUGUCUGUGUAUUCAUGAUAAAUGCAGAAUUGAGGAGUGAUAUUAUAUGUGGUUGAGGCUAUAAAUGUCUAGUGAAUUAUGCUAAUUAAGUCAUUGAAUUGAU